CAAUCCGCUGUGUAUAACUUUGCAUCAAAAAGGGCCGCAGAGGACCGCCACACCUUCAGCACACACAGGGUCACCUGCAACCAUUACAGUUACCGAGUAUCAAACAGUCCGUCUCUCAGCUCUGAGUUCAGUAAGGAUUUAGCCAAGCUACCACAUUUCUACAACAGCUCCACCAGAGCUCAGUACAGUGAGCUUAUACACACCUACGGCACACACUACAUCCGCCAGGUUCACCUUGGUGGUCGACUGAGGCGAGUCACAGCUGCACGAACCUGUCUGUCCUCACUGAAUGGACUCUCCUCAAAUGAGGUCUACUCCUGUUUAUCGCUGGGUUUCUCUGUCGGCUUGGGAAAAUUCAAAUUAUCCAGUAACAGACAGUCUUGCAACAAGGUCCUACAAAACCAGGGUCUCUCGUUUAUGUACAGCACUGGUCUCCACCAACACUACACAGAGGUGGUAGGAGGCAAUGGUUGGUUGGGAGAGUUUGCACUCACCCAGAAUGACUCCCUCGGCUUUCUAACUUGGCUGAGCACCCUGAAGGAUCACCCAGAUGUUGUUUCCUACUCCCUUCGGCCAAUCUAUAGCCUGAUGACAAAUGGCACGCAAAAGGCAGGGAUGAAAGUUGCCAUAGAGGAGUACUUGGAAGAUAACGCUGUGAGAACGUCGCCCAAUGAGCCAAACUGUGGGUGGCACAUUCCUAAUCUGGCUUCCAACUGCUGUCCUCUGCAAGCCUGGAGGGGGACGCUAAGGGUUACCAUUGUGCGAGCCUGGAAUUUGAAAGGAGAUCCAGUUGGAAAAACUGAGGGCUAUGCUAAAAUGUGGUUUGGUUCCUUCUAUCGGAGGACUCGUUGGAUUCGGUCAAACAAUCCCGGUGGAAUGCGAAUUAUGAUUUAG